UGGGUUACAGCUCCGGUUUUUGCUUGUCAUUUCUGUUUCUUUCGGUGAGAAAAUCGUCGGCGUCUGAUUUAUCACAAAAAAUUAUUGUAUCUGAAAUUAAGGCCAAUAAUUAUGGCAACUGAACGUUACAGCUUCUCGCUAACGACAUUUAGUCCAUCAGGAAAGCUUGUCCAACUUGAGUAUGCUUUGGCUGCUGUAUCCGGUGGCGCCCCUUCGGUUGGCAUAAUGGCUUCAAAUGGCGUUGUUAUUGCCACGGAGAACAAAUACAAGUCGCCACUUUAUGAGGAGCAUAGUGUUCACCGGGUUGAAAUGAUUAACAAGCACAUCGGCAUGGUUUACUCUGGCAUGGGUCCUGACUAUCGCCUUCUGGUGAAGAAAGCACGUAAAAUUGCGCAGUCGUACUACCUGAUCUAUAAGGAACCGAUUCCGGUAUCACAGCUUGUGCAACGUGUGGCUACACUCAUGCAGGAAUACACUCAAUCGGGUGGUGUGCGUCCUUUUGGUGUAUCACUAUUAAUUUGCGGCUGGGACAAUGACCGACCAUAUCUUUACCAGUCGGAUCCGUCAGGUGCAUAUUUCGCUUGGAAGGCCACUGCCAUGGGGAAGAAUGCUGUGAACGGCAAAACCUUUUUGGAAAAGCGUUAUAGCGAAGAUCUUGAGCUGGAAGACGCCGUGCAUACUGCUAUUCUGACUCUUAAGGAAGGCUUUGAGGGAAAAAUGACUUCCGAUAAUAUUGAAGUUGGAAUCUGCGAUCAAAACGGCUUCAAGCGCCUGGACCCAGCCACAAUUAAGGACUAUUUGGCCAACAUCCCAUAAUUAUAAGCAUUUAUAAAACUCGAGCAAAGCUUUUAUACGAGUACGGAAACAAUAAAAAUAAAGAUUGUAAGUUUUGGUUUCUUAAAAUGAAUGAACAA